CCACUAAGCUAACCUCCCCACCCCAAUAGGAUCUGGUGGAAGAAAAGUCAGGCAAACACAGCACGCACGCACCACUGGGAGAUCAGAACUUCUAGCUGGCUCUCUGCUGCCACAGCUCCGUCGAAGGGAGGGGCGGAAGACGAGGACUAAACUCACAGCUGAGAGGAGAGGAAGGCGUGUGCAGCUUUUCCUGAGCAUCUGACCUAGAAUUCAGCAGCUGGUGAGUGGCUUCUGUUGCCUUCCUUUGAUCAAAGCCAGCGAGGAGCCAGGCACUGGGUCAGGGAAGAAAAGAGUCUCAGCUGACACGGGUUCAAAGGGAAGGCAGCAGAGGCAGGGUGUCUGAAUCAACCCAGAGAUCACAGGGUCCAGAUGCAAGCUGGGGACAUACUCCAGCCCAGCCUAUCUCAGAGAAGCCUGCAUCCCAGUGUGGCCAGACCUCGAGGCAGUGGAAAGAACACCCCAAUUCUGAGGAAGAGGUGCAUCACCUGGAUCAUGAGGUCAUCCCUCUGCUGGCUUCUCCCACUUCUCAUCUUGGCCUCAGUGGCCCAAGGCCAGCCAACAAGACGACCAAGACCUGGGACUGGGCCCGGGCGCAGACCCAGACCCAGGCCCCGGCCCACACCCAGCUUUCCUCAACCUUAUGAACCAGCAGAGCCAACAGACCUGCCUCCUCCCCUCCCUCCAGGCCCUCCAUCCAUCUUCCCUGACUGUCCGCGCGAAUGCUACUGUCCCCCUGAUUUCCCAUCUGCCCUCUACUGUGAUAGCCGCAACCUGCGCAAGGUCCCUAUCAUCCCACCCCGCAUCCAUUACCUCUAUCUCCAGAACAACUUCAUCACUGAGCUCCCCGUGGAGUCCUUCCAGAAUGCCACAGGCCUGCGAUGGAUUAACCUGGACAACAACCGGAUCCGCAAGAUAGACCAGAGGGUGCUGGAGAAACUGCCCGGCCUAGUGUUCCUCUACAUGGAGAAGAACCAGCUGGAAGAGGUCCCCUCAGCCCUGCCCCGGAACCUGGAGCAGCUGCGGCUGAGCCAGAACCACAUCUCCAGAAUCCCGCCUGGCGUCUUCAGCAAGCUGGAGAACCUGCUACUCCUGGAUCUCCAGCACAACAGGCUGAGCGACGGCGUCUUCAAGCCCGACACCUUCCAGGGCCUCAAGAACCUCAUGCAGCUCAACCUGGCCCACAACAUCCUGAGAAAGAUGCCGCCCAGGGUCCCCACCGCCAUUCACCAGCUCUACCUGGACAGCAACAAGAUUGAGAACAUCCCUAACGGUUACUUCAAGAGCUUUCCCAAUCUUGCCUUCAUUCGACUCAACUACAAUAAGCUGACAGACAGGGGACUCCCCAAGAACUCCUUUAACAUCUCCAACCUGCUUGUGCUCCACCUGUCACACAACAGGAUCAGCAGCAUGCCCGCCAUCAACAACAGGCUGGAACACCUGUACCUCAACAACAACAGCAUCGAGAAAAUCAACGGAACCCAGAUUUGCCCCAACGACCUAGUAGCGUUCCAUGACUUCUCCUCGGACCUGGAGAACGUGCCACACCUGCGCUACCUGCGGCUGGAUGGGAACUACCUGAAGCCGCCCAUCCCGCUGGACCUCAUGAUGUGCUUCCGCCUCCUGCAGUCCGUGGUCAUCUAGGCCCUGCUCCGCCACGGAUCCGAUCUGACCGCACUUGAAGGCUGGGGCCCAGGCGCCUGUGCCCACCAUUCGUUUUCUCUCUCUCCCUUUCUUGCUCCCAGCUUUGCCUCCCUUAUCCCACCCUCGAGGCAGGGAAAAGCCUUCCAUUCUGCUGCAGCCUCAGGAGCGAGACUUCCAAGGGCUCGGUUUGGUCCCACCCCGUUGAAAGACACCCAGUGCACACCCACACUCCUGGCCUUCCGUGGUUUCCCUUUGCUCCAGAAACACAGAUGUGUCUAAAGACGUGGUGUCCCCUCUCUCUCCUCCCCCAUCCGCCGCUCCUGGCAACUUCUGGGCCACAGACUGACUGCAUCUGAUCUUGGUCCUGGCUCAGCAAGCGGCCCGGAGGUAAGGUUCAGAAAGCCCCCCUGGGGACUCCUCCAUCUUGGGCAGCUCUGGCUCAAAGAGGCCGAGAAACCCAGUUCUCCUUGGCCUCGGAUCCCUUCCGGCAAAGCUGCUGCUCCGCCGCGCGGUUCCCCGGCACCAGACAUCGCCCCGGCCCUGCUGGCCCAGGUCUCCGGGAAGGAGGAGUGAGGGAAUGACGGAGGGGCUGCAGGGUCAGAGCUCCCGCGGGGGCGUGCAUCUGGCCAGCUGGCCACAGGGAUGUUCGGGGGCCCCUCCCGCUCCAGGGUGAACAGAGCACACGCCCUCCUGGCCGGGCCUCAGGAGGAACAGCCAAGGAGAAGAACGGCCCAAGGAACUAGGAAGCAGCCAUGGGAGGAGGGCGGUUCAAGCCAGGGAUGGGCCCCCGUGGCGUCGACGGGUCCUGCGGCCCCCUGGCCCAACCUCGGGCUCGCGAGCGGCGUUCACAGUGUUUGUGUGGGGGCAGGGAGGGAAGAGACAGCAGCCCCGCCCCCGCCAUCUGUUCUGCAUCAGUGAGCGCUGCCCGGCCACUGCCACCCCCGGGAGGCGGCUCCCGAGAAACAGAGAGGAAGGGGCGGAGCAUCUGGACAUCUCCACGAAGUCCCUCCAUGUUUGAAAACGCGCCUCCGCCUCGGAGACAGACGCGUCGGUGCCACCUAGUGGCUGGUGAGGGUAACAGCUGGCCCGAGUCUUCCGCCAGGCCCUCUCCCUGGGGUGAUUUUUGUCGGUGGAGGAGCCCCGUGGGAUCCCAAUAUGGAAGAGCCGUGGGCCGUGUGCAUGGUGUCGCUCUUCUCUAGGGUCUAAAGGGCACAAUGGCCCCCAGGCUGGGGCUCAUUCCCAUCGUGAGUGAGCCCAGGUGAGGACAUAGGCGGCUCCCGUUUGUUGUAUGCCCUUUCCUGGUGGUGCCUUCUCAGUUACCGCAUCUGUAAACCGAGGAGGUGGAUAAAAUAGAUGCUCCUGGCUGGGCGUGGUGGCUCACGCCUGUAAUCCCAGCAUUUUGGGAGGCCGAGGCGGGCAGAUUAUUGCCUGAGCUGAGGAGUUCGAAACCACCCUGAUCAAUAUGGUGAAACCCCGUCUCUACUAAGAUACAAAAAAAUUAGCCAAGUGUAGUGGCGCAGGCUUGUAAUCCCAGCUACUGGGAGGCUGAGGCAGGAGAAUCGCUUGAGCCUGGGAGGUGGAGGCUGCGGUGAGCCAAGAUCAUGCCACUGCACUCCAGAUUGGGCGGCAGAGUGAGACUCUAUCUCAAAAAAGAAAAAGAAAAAGAUGCUCUUCUGAGGUCCCUCCGACGCUCAUGUUCCGAAUCUGCGGCUCCACACUUUAAAUCAUUCUCGAAUACAGGACAAGUCCUAAAUAUUUGCCCCUUCCCUUGCAGUAAUUUAUUUUUUAUAUGGACUGUUCCUCCCCCAGAGGCUUCUCCACCCUCCAUGCCUGGCCUAGGUGAGCAGCUUGGCAGGUCUUCAAGUGGAACCCGGCCCAGACAAGGCUGCCUCAACUUCACCUUUCCCCCUAACUUCCUCCAAGGGAUGAUGCCCCUUCUCAGCCCUCUGCAUGUGUAUGUUGGUGGGAGGCGCAGGGGAUGGAUGUUCUAGAAAUGAGUAAGACACAGUGCCUACCCCCAAGUUAGGUUGCGAAAGGUUCCAGAGGUCUUUAAGAAAUUGGGUCUGAAGUUAGCUGGGUCCCUAACUUCAAGAAAUUUCCAUGACGCUCCUUCUCACUUUUCUCUUUGGCUAAUUAGGGAAAAUAGAGCCCAUUUCAUCAUAGCCUCCUUCUCCUGUACUCCGUGACAAUUGCGGCAUUCAUCCUAGCUGCAGCUGGUUUCUCCAAGGCUCCUGCUUAAAGUCGACAUAUUAUUAUGGCUGAAAGCAACUUGGGCCUGGAUAAGCCCCGCUUCUGCAUCUUAUUCACAGCUUGCAACCUCAAGGUUGAUGAGGCUUUCGGGGAAGAGGUCAUUCCCUUGAUCCUACAAACCCAGACUCGUUUAGCAGCAGGGCAAUCUCCCUCAUCCCACUGCCCAAUCUAGAAUAUGUCUGCUCUCUCCAUCGCUCUCUGCAGCUGUAAGCCAGAGGGGAUUCAAGGUAAAUUGGCUUUACAGGCUCCCCUCCCCAAACACACACACCAUGUGCUGGUUUUUGUGUUUAAAAAAGCCCCCUUCUCCAUGCACAAGAUCAUUCCCUCCAACUGUCGUCAUCGACAUAUACAGGUGUGUAUGUGUACUCUGCAUGUGUAGCUCUUCUCUCUUGAAGACCGUGGUAACUUUGUGAAAUAACUUCCACAUUUCAACAUGCUUCACAGUAGAGGAAAUAAAGUAAUAUGAAAAACA